GACGUAUUCUUUGGCUGUUUUUUUCCAUCUCUUCUCCGUUCGCAUCUCGUCCGCCAUGCCCGCCCUCGAGACAUCCCCCCUCCUGCCCUCCCAGGGAGGCGAGACUGUCGUCUCAAAGCCCCUCGAUGUUCCCGGCUCUACUAGAUAUCUCCUCCUCGGCUCUUGGAUCAACUUGUUGCUCGUUUGCGUCCCGCUGAGUUUCAUCUCUGAGUCGCUCGGAUGGGGCGCGGGUGCACGAUUCGCUACAUCUUUCCUGGCGAUUGUGCCUUUGGCCAAGCUUCUCGGGGACAGCACUGAGCAGCUUUCAAUGAAGCUGGGCCAGACCUUGGGCGGUCUGCUCAACGCAACCUUUGGUAAUGCUGUUGAGCUCAUUGUGGCCAUUGCAGCUCUUAACCACAACCAGCUGCGACUUGUCCAGACCUCGUUGCUCGGUAGUGUUCUUUCCAACCUCUUACUCGUUCUCGGUAUGAGCUUCUUCGCCUCUGGUUUCUUCUUCUAUGAGUCGACAUUUCAAGCGACCGCCGCGCAAGCUAGUUCAUCCUUGCUUACGCUUGCUUGUAUUACUCUCAUCUUACCGGCUGCAUACCAUGCGUCUAUGACAGACCAGGCUGAAGACACUUUGAGGGCACUCGUCAACGACCACGCGCCCGAUCCCUCCGACGGUACAUUGCGAGGUCUCCUCAUUCUCUCUCGAGGCACUGCAAUCAUUCUACUUCUCACCUAUUUCGGCUACCUCGUGUUCCAACUCCGUACCCACUCAGGCCUCUUUGAAGCCGAAGAUGUACAGGAGGAAGAAGAGGUUGCCGCCAUGGACCAGUGGAGUGCUGGUGGCUGGUUGGUCAUCAUAACUAUCCUAACUGCCUUUUCCGCCGAUAUUCUUGUUGGCAGUAUUGACGAAACUGCACAACAAUACAACAUUCCCAAGAGGUUUAUUGGUCUCAUUCUCUUGCCUCUAGUUGGCAAUGCUGCUGAACACGUCACUUCGGUCUGGAUGGCAUGCAAAGGAAAAAUGGAACUCACCAUUGGUGUCAGUGUUGGGUCCAGUAUUCAGAUAGCUGCUGGUAUGAUUCCACUCUUGGUCAUCAUUGCCUGGCCCUUGCAGAAAGACCUUACUUUGUUCUUUGUGAGUUGUCUCCCACAGUGUUGACACAUGCCUGACCUUCUUAUGCUUAGGCCAAUUUCGAAACCAUUGUUCUUUUUGUAUCAGUGAUGCUUGUUAACCUUUUGCUCCAGGAUGGUGAGUAACUAUUCACAUACACAUCCCUAUAUCAGAAAUCCACAAAUGCUGACCAAGGAAAUCCAGGACGCACUAACUAUAUGGAAGGUGUGAUGUGUAUGUAUCAUUCCAUGUGCUAGGCCUAUUGGAAGAUGGUAUGCUGAUAUUUUUUUGUAGUGAUGUCACUCUACUUAGUUAUUGCUCUGAGCUAUCUUGUUUGAGCUUGGUUGGCCUUUGCUACUGAGUAUGGUCUAGUGUUUCCAGAACACAAAGAAAAGUACUCACAAAGUCAAGAGAAUGAGUGUAUAUAGUUUUUGAGAAUGGCAU